UCGUUGUUUCACACUUUCACUUUCUCAUCAGAAGAGAGAAAUAGAGAAAGGAAGAAGCCAAUGGCGGAAGCUACGGCGGAGCAAUUGGCCGCGACGACCAUAAACGACGACGGGAUCGUUCCGAAAGCGGAGUUCUCGGAUAGGGUUCCGAUCAAUUCCAUAAUCUCGCGGGCCGAUGGUGGGUCGGGCCUAGCGGGCAAGAAGGCCCGCGUGGGCGGGUGGGUAAAGACGGGUAGGAAAGCCGACAAGGAUGCAUUCGCUUUCUUGGAGCUCAACGACGGAUCAUGCCCCGGGAACCUGCAGGUGAUCGUGGAGGCGGGGCUUGUCGCCGGCGAGCUGUCUCAGGUGGUACCGACGGGGACCUGCGUGGUGCUUGACGGCGAGCUUAAGUUGCCGCCGGAAGGGGCGAAGCAGAAGGUGGAGCUAAGGGCGGAGAAGGUUGUUCAUGUGGGACCCGUCGACCCUGCCAAGUACCCUCUUCCGAAAAUGAGGCUCACACUUGAAUUCUUAAGGGACUUCGUUCACCUUCGCUCUAGAACCAACACGAUAUCUGCUGUUGCUCGAAUUAGAAAUGCUCUUGCUUAUGCCACACACACUUUUUUCAAUAAGCACGGGUUUCUAUAUGUGCACACACCAAUAAUCACGACUAGUGAUUGUGAGGGCGCUGGUGAAAUGUUUCAAGUAACAACUUUGCUCAGUGAAGCCGAUAGACUGGAGAAGGAACUAAUACAUAAUCCUCCUCCAACAGAAGCCGAGGUGGAAGCUGCUAGAGUUGUUGUUAAGGAGAAAGGGGAAAUUGUUUCCCAAUUGAAAUCUGCCAAAGCAAGUAAGAAGGAAAUUGGCGCUGCUGUGGAUGAGCUUAAAAAAUCAAAGGAUACUCUAUCGAAGCUGGAGGAGAGAUCCAAACUUAAACCCGGUAUUCCUAAGAAGGAUGAUGGAAACGUGGACUAUGUCAAAGAUUUCUUUGCUCGUCAAGCGUUCUUGACGGUUUCAGGCCAACUUCAAGUUGAGUCAUAUGCUUGUGCUCUAAGUAGUGUAUACACCUUUGGGCCAACAUUUCGUGCAGAGAAUUCUCACACUUCUAGACAUUUAGCAGAAUUUUGGAUGGUAGAACCAGAACUUGCUUUUGCAGAGUUGAAGGAUGACAUGAACUGUGCCGAGGCAUACGUGAAAUUUUUGUGUCAGUGGUUACUUGACAAUUGCCUAGAAGAUAUGAAGUUCAUGGCUGAUAAGUUUGAUAAAGGUUGCGUUGAUCGUUUGACAAUGGUUGCUUCUACCCCAUUUGUUCGUGUUUCAUAUACAGAAGCUGUGGAAAUACUGGAGGAGGCUGUGAAGAAUGGUAAGAAGUUUGAUAAUGAAGUGAAAUGGGGAAUUGACUUGGCAUCUGAGCAUGAAAGAUACCUUACAGAGGUAAAGUUUCAGAAACCUGUAAUUGUGUAUAACUAUCCAAAAGAUAUCAAAGCAUUCUACAUGCGACUAAAUGACGACUCAAAGACAGUUGCCGCCAUGGAUGUACUUGUACCAAAGGUUGGUGAAUUGAUCGGUGGAAGCCAAAGAGAAGAGCGAUAUGAUGUGAUCGUUCAAAGGAUAAAGGAGAUGGGGCUUCCUCUUGAGCCAUAUGAAUGGUACCUUGAUCUGAGGCGGUAUGGAACCGUGAAACACUCUGGAUUCGGUCUUGGCUUUGAAAGGAUGAUUCUUUUUGCAACUGGCCUUGAAAAUAUUAGAGAUGUGAUUCCCUUCCCUCGUUAUCCUGGUAGGGCAGAUCUAUGAUCAUAGUUAUGGAUCUGUUGCAUGUGUGACUAGUACAAUUUGAUUCCACAAGUAGUUGGAGUUAUAAAUAGAAAUCUAGUGAAUGCUAGUUUUGAUGCAACUCAACCCUGGGACAUGUGCUGGGUUAUUCUUUGUUUUGCUACAUCCAUUUGAAAGGAUAGAAUCUUUAUAAUUCAAUCAAAGUUAUUAUUUCCA